UCUAAAGGGUAAAGACAAGUGAUUAAUUUUAACAAAAAUGAAAAGAGAAAAGGAAAGUGGUCAUUGGUCCAUAAUAGAUAAAUGAGUAAGGGAGAACAUAAGUAAGCCACUCUCGUGUAGACCAAUGACUACGACCAGUACCACCACGCGGUUUGUAAAUAUAAGAAUAAUGGAACAAAAAGAACAGCUGGAAGGAGUUUGGAUAAAAGGGACACUAGACUCUUCUUCCCUGCUUUGGCUCCGUUGCACAAAAAGAACAAGCAGAAACACUUUCUAGUUUCUACUGUUCAUUGAAAGACAGUGAGAGAUGGUGCUUUACAACAACAAUAGUUUCAAAUCGGUUUUCAUCUCCAUAGUAGUGCUUCUGCUUGGUCUCUCCAUUGUCACCGCGGGAGACUCCGCCGGCAAAACUUCACCAGUCGAAGACGGCUUGGUGGUUAACGGCAACUUCGAGACUCCGCCAUUAAACGGUUUCCCCGAUGAUGACGCGAUCAUCCACGACGCCUCAGAGAUCCCGAGCUGGCGAUCUGACGGCAUGGUGGAGUUAAUAAAGUCCGGUCAAAAACAAGGCGGGAUGAUCUUGAUCGUGCCUGAAGGUCGUCACGCCGUUAGAUUAGGAAACGAAGCAGAGAUCAGCCAAGAACUGGCGGUGGAGAAAGGUUCGGUCUACUCCGUCACGUUCAGCGCCGCCCGCACGUGUGCACAGCUAGAGUCGCUGAACGUUUCGGUUGCUUCUUCCGAUGAGCCAAUCGCGUCGCGGACCAUCGAUUUACAAACGCUUUACAGCGUUCAAGGGUGGGAUCCAUAUGCAUGGGCGUUUGAAGCGGUUGUGGAUCGCGUCAGGUUGGUUUUUAGGAAUCCUGACAUGGAGGAUGAUCCUACUUGUGGCCCUAUCAUCGACGACAUUGCCGUUAAGAAGCUCUUCACUCCUGAUAAACCAAAACGCAAUGCAGUGAUUAAUGGAGAUUUUGAAGAAGGUCCAUGGAUGUUUAGGAACACGACCUUAGGUGUUCUGCUUCCGACAUGUCUUGACGAAGAAAUAUCGUCACUUCCGGGAUGGACAGUAGAAUCGAACCGAGCAGUCAGGUUUAUUGACUCGGACCACUUCUCUGUUCCUGAGGGGAGGCGAGCUAUAGAGCUUCUGUCGGGCAAAGAAGGCAUAAUUUCUCAAAUGGUUGAGACAAAGGCUAACACUCCGUAUAAGCUAUCUUUCUCAUUGGGUCAUGCAGGAGACAAGUGCAAGGAACCUUUGGCUGUAAUGGCUUUUGCGGGAGAUCAAGCACAGAACUUUCAUUAUAUGGCGCAAGCGAACUCUACUUUCGAGAUAUCGGAAGUGAAUUUCACGGCGAAAGCUGACCGUACGAGGAUCGCUUUCUACAGCGUUUAUUACAAUACGAGGACGGACGAUAUGAGUUCCUUGUGUGGACCUGUGAUUGAUGACGUUAAGGUCUGGUUCUCCGGUUCUAGUAGGGUUGGAUUUGGUUUUCCGGCUUUUAUUCUUCUCACAUUGGUGUUCAUGUAGAUUGUUCCGGAUUAGAAAAUGGUAUUGAUAAACCGGGACUCCAAUGUUGUAUCGGAUUCAAGCUACUAGUUAUAUGAGAAAGUACCUUUUUAUGCAA